GUUUAGCUGCGUAGAGGGGCGGGGUUUCAUCAUGGCGUCGUCCAUGUGAAGCGAGACGCGCGUCAGGUUCCGCAGGAUAAAAAAAAUGUUGGAGCUCCAAAGAUAAAAUAAAAAUGCCUGCUGUCUGUGAUUCCCUUCUUGGAGACAUUGAAGAUAUCAUCUCAGAGCAAGACCCAAAGCCGCAAGACCUGCAGUUCAGGAGAAAAAAUGUUAUUCCUAAAGUGCGGAAACGCCAUUCACAAAAAAAUGUAGAGGCAGAUUAUGAUGAUCCCCCAAGUGACAGUGUCAUUCCUGGUGUACAGAAAAUUUGGAUACGCACAUGGGGAUGUUCUCAUAAUAGUUCAGAUGGAGAAUACAUGGCUGGACAACUGGCUGCAUAUGGAUACAGAAUUACAGACAAUGCUGCAGAAGCUGAUCUGUGGCUUCUGAACAGCUGUACUGUAAAAAGCCCUGCUGAAGACCACUUUAGAAACUCAAUUAAGAAAGCACAAGAAGAAAAAAAGAAAGUUGUUCUAGCUGGAUGUGUUCCACAAGCCCAGCCUCGACAAGACUACCUACAAGGCCUGAGUAUCAUUGGGGUUCAGCAGAUAGAUCGUGUCGUGGAAGUUGUUGAGGAGACUAUCAAAGGUCACUCUGUGAGAUUGCUGGGUCAGAAAAAGGAUAAUGGAAAACGGUUGGGGGGAGCGCGAUUGGAUUUGCCAAAGAUUAGAAAGAACCCACUGAUAGAAAUAAUUUCCAUCAAUACAGGGUGUUUGAAUGCAUGUACCUACUGUAAAACUAAGCAUGCCAGAGGAGAUCUAGCAAGUUAUCCUAUUGAAGAACUGGUAAACAGAGCCAAACAAUCCUUUCAAGAAGGGGUAUGUGAGAUAUGGCUGACCAGUGAAGACACAGGGGCUUAUGGAAGAGACAUUGGCACAGACCUCCCUACUCUCCUAUGGAAGCUGGUUGAAGUGAUCCCUGAGGGAGCAAUGCUGAGACUUGGCAUGACGAACCCUCCCUAUAUUUUAGAGCAUCUGGAGGAAAUGGCAAAAAUUCUCAACCAUCCAAGAGUCUAUGCAUUUCUUCAUGUACCAGUUCAAAGUGCCUCUGAUAGCGUACUCAUGGACAUGAAGAGGGAAUACUGUCUGGCGGACUUCAAAAGGGUAGUGGAUUUCCUUAAAGAAAAAGUGCCUGGAAUAACAAUUGCCACAGACAUCAUUUGUGGGUUUCCAGGGGAAACAGAUGAAGAUUUUCAAGAAACCAUGAAGCUUGUAGAAGAGUACAAGUUUCCAAGUCUCUUUAUUAACCAGUUUUACCCCAGGCCUGGGACUCCUGCUGCAAAAAUGCAUCAAGUUCCAGCCCAAGUAAAAAAACAGAGAACGAAAGAACUGUCAAGAUUGUUUCACUCGUACAACCCAUAUGAUCACAAGGUCUGCAGUCCUAACAGCCACCCUGUCCUAUAUGAUUGCUUAUAAAGCUGUGUCUCCCUCUGGAAAUCUCAAGAAAUAAGAUGAUUUCUGCGCAGGACACAAAUAAGUAUGUAUGUUCAACAUUUCACAUGCCUCACAUAUACCACACUAAACUUCGUAACUCAUGGCCCUUGCAGAAGAAGAGAGAAGUGUUAGCAUAUUCAAAAUGUUGUCUCUCCCUCCCCCCCCCCCCAAUAUCUCUCUCUCACACACACACACAUGCACAUGUAGAUUUCAGCUAUAAAUCUCAGAAUAGGAUGGAAAGAAAAACUCAUAAUAUUGAGAAGAAAUGCUGUGUUUGUGAGAGGGAAAGAGUGGUGAUUGUGGUAUUGUUAGUGGUAAAUUAAGGUUACAGGCCAUUUAUAUUUCUAUAAAAUCGGGGGAAAUGUGAAAAUAGGUUUUGAUAUAAGGUUACAGAAUUUGUUUAUAAAAGUUAAUGGACAUUAAAUAACUUGCAACACAUGGAAACUGAAAGAGUGAAUUAUUUAUCUACAUUUACACCCCACAUUGCAACUCUCCAUGUCUCCAGGGCGGCUUAACAGUUAAAAAGGGAAUUUUAAAAUGCAGUGCAAUGAAUGAAACACUAAAAUAAAACUGGCAAAACCGAUAGAUUUAAAAAAAAAAUCUCAGAGACGCACAACAAGGUAACAACAGUACUCCCAGCUGCUUAACAGAUAAAUGAAGUAUCUUUAUUUUUUGAUAUUGCUUGAUAAGAAGAGGCUAGGGAAAACAUAUUUUCAGAUUCCCCAGGUUUCCCUACAGAGUUUUAAUUCCUUCUUCUUUAGUUCUGCAUAACACCAGGCUUUCCAGCAAAGUAAACGUUCCACCCUUAUCUUGCAUGCCAAGCUGACUUCAGCAUCUGAGAAGCUUAAGAACUCGAUACAUCAAAUUACCCUGCUCGAACUGUUGUUUAGUGCAGGCCAUUUUGUCCUGUCAUCCUUGUGACAGGAUGUCAAAGCUUUGCUUUCCGUUGCCAGCAUCUGCAGGAAUCUGAUAUGCUACCUCCUCAUUACACAGGGGACAAACAUCAAGCAAUGGUGAUGGAAACCAGCAAGUCAGACAGCUGCAGGCACUGGAAACUGCUGCUGCUGGACUGCAUCAGCCUUGUGCUAGAAAUAAUUUUUCCCUCUCUCAACUUCUUUAUUCAAUUAUGUUGGCUUUUUGAACAUUCUGCUUUUCUUACAACAGCUUCGUUUCUUAUUGCAUGUUUUUUAUUGUACUAAAAGCAAACAGAAAAGCAUGCAAAACUUCGAAGAUUUUUUCUGAGAAAUCAUAAUAUAUUCUGUGGCAGCAACACCUAUCUCUUUGUUCAGCCACUUUAUUGAGCCAAUGCAUGUCCGGACAUGUGUAGAAGCGACUUCCGGUGCCGCGCUACCCAUGUUUGGGCACCGAAAAUCAGGCAGCGCCAGGACCCGAAAUGGACCCUCCCUGGCAGGUAAGAAAUCUGGGGGAUUUACGGGAUUUUUUUCAAUCCAGGCUGCCAGCGGGAAACUUUAAAAUACGGGGGUUUUCCGCGAAAAACGGGAGACUUGGCAGCUAUGCCCCUGAGGCUUGAAAAGCAAUUUUAAAAGGUACAUCAUAAAUAGGCCAAAUCAGCUGCUAGAGGAUAUGGGGAGGGGCAUGCGCCUUGAAAGUAAAGGCAAAUGACAAACCCAUUGCCCAAUCAACCACAUUGAUGCACGUGCCUGUCCUGCCUGCUCUGGAGCUCUCAAUAAUGCAAACGAAAGCAAAGCAUCCAUUGACUUCUUGUCAUGAUUUUAGUCUGCAUUGUUAUUUUGUUUUCACUGGCAGCACAAUCCCGGUGGGGUUCCAUCGUGGCUGUCCCCCCACCCGCGCUGGGCACCACGCCCCCGCAGGUGGCUGUCACACCCCCAGAAUGCAUGCCACGCCCACGGGAUGCAUGCCAGCCCCGCCCCCACCUCUUCGCCCCCCCAUGCCAGAAUAUGAAGCUCCGCCACUGUUUGUUUAUUAUUAUUUUUUAGUUUGCAGGCUAUAUAGUUCUAAUUAGAUAGGCUACUUAUGGUCCCAAGAGUUGUGCUCGUGCUUUUUGACGUCUGCAGUUACAAUGGAUAUUGGGUUUUCGAAAGGAACAGUUUGAGGAGGAGUCAUCUGGUGAUGGUAAGCUGGCUGGUUUGAGGAAGGUCAUAGUACUGAAUGGCCAUUUUGCGUGGCAGGUAUUAUGGCUCUUAUUAUUGCCAGUUUUGAAAUAACAAAUUAGUAUAGCAGUCUUUCCCAGUUGGCAUCUGUAUUGGAAUUGUUUUUGGAUGUUUUAAUUCUUUUAUUGCUUGUGUGUUUGCUGCCCUUGGCUCCUUUGGGAGGAAGGGCGGGUUAUAAAUUAAUUAAUUACUAGUUCCCAGAAUAUACCAAAGAUUAAACAGUAAAGCCAUGAGGCAAAGUACAGAAGUGAUUUGCGGGGAGAGACUAAAAAUCCAGGCAGCAAGAGUUGUUUCCUGCAUGGAACAAAAGUAUACAUCAUAUCAGCAGUAAAAAAAAAAAAGAAACUCCAAACCAAAAUGCUUCGAAAUGCUUCUGACAUAUCCAGCUUGUUUUCUCUUGCGCUCAUUUCCUAAUUUGCUCUUCCACAUGUUUCAGUAUUAGAGACAAUUUAUGGAAAUGACGCCUCAGGACCAUGACCCAUUUUGUGUGGAUGUCAGACUUCUAUCUGAUUCCUGCUGUCUGUGCUUUUGCAGCCUUCCUUAGAUCAAGCUUAUAUUUAUGGAGAGUUUGGUGUCUGAGUUUCAUUCAGGGGCAAUCUUGAACUCGACCCUCUGCUCUGGGUCCCACUUUAAUUUUGUGAUUAAAGCAGGGGUGCCAACCCUUUUGGGCCCUGGGGCACACUUGCAAACCAGAGAAACUGUUAUGGGUGCCAUGCACACACCACAAGUGUGUUCACAUGCAUGCACCACAGCCAAACACAGGCACACGUGGAGCCCAGCCACAUGCUCACUCUUUCCCCUCCCACCAAAGUGAAAUCUCCAGCCACUUGAUGCGCUGGAGCCAAUAGAACAUCUGGUGUUGUUUGCAAAAGACUUUUACUGUACAUUCACUCUGUGAUUUCAUUUCCAAAACUUAUCUCCCGAAAUAAUAUUGUUUUGAGAAGUUAAUGCUGCAAUUACACUUUUUUCAAAUAAGCUGCUGUAUAUUCCUGCGUAUAAGACUAUCUUUUAACCCAGGAAAAUCUUCUCAAAAGUCAGGGGUCGUCUUAUACGCAGGGUCGUAUUUCUUAUACGGCGAGUAUAUCCCAAACUAUAUUUUAACUGGAAAAGUUGGGGGUCGUCUUAUACGCCCAGUCGUCUUAUACGUCGUAAUAUACGGUAUGCCAUAGUGGUGCUCAAAUUAUAUGAAACCAUUUUGAGUUCUGUUUGGUUGUUCAUUGUUGUUUGAUCGCUCACUGAGUCAAAUGAAAAUUUCAGUGGUUCUGCCAAGUGAUUUUACAAUAUUGUUGUGUUGCCUCGCAGCAGCAGGCUAUUUUGUUAAGAGUAUAGUUAAGUCAUACUGAGCAGCUCACUUUAAUCUUACCCAAAUCUACUAAUUACCAAGGAAGAUGCUGCCUUGUAGAAAAAGGAUUGUAUCUAUUUUCUAUAGCAGCAGUUGUCAUUAUCAGCUCCCAUAGAUUAUUGAUUAGUUCUCCAAUUUCUGGGUCUGGUGAACUAAAUUCAGACAAAAAAGUGUUAUCUUGCCUUGACUGCCUCUUAGAUAACUGAAAAUGAUCACACUUCCGAAUCUGCAAUUUUAAAUUAAUACCUGUAAAUGUUAAAGUUUACCCAAUCUAAGUACCACACUCGUGGAGGUGAGGUUUUAAAUCUCCAAUGACCCAUUCUCCAUUUCAGUCUUACUUACAGCCCCAAGUAAAACUUUAUCUUUAUAUUGCAGUACUGAACCAAGCUCUCUUGUCCUAGAAGGUUGUCCUCUCUGGACAGCUGAGAACCUUGUACAAGGUGCUUAAAUGAUUGGUAGAUUAUCUAGAUCAGGCAUCCCCAAACUGCGGCCCUCCAGAUGUUUUGGCCUACAACUCCCAUGAUCCCUAGCUAACAGGACCAGUGGUCGGGGAAGAUGGGAAUUGUAGUCCAAAACAUCUGGAGGGCCGAAGUUUGGGGAUGCCUGAUCUAGAUCCAUUUCAAGCUGUCUUCAGGCCUGGUUUUUGACACCAGAACAAUCUUAGGAAAGAGACCAAAGGAGUGGAGCCUUCUUGAUUCUUCAAGAUACCUGGGAAUACUCUUUCUCUCUCAAAGAGGCAUUAAUAACCUUCUUGGUCCACUCCAUCAGUCAUCAAUAGCUAGAUGGUAAAGUAUGCAGGUACAGUAGUUAUAUCUGUCCAAGUACUUUAUCUACAUAUUCAGGCUGCACCCACUGAAACUGAUCCUAUUCAGCUGGACAGCAUGGUGUUCUGGCUACAUCCAUGCUGCUCCAAGAGUAGUGUCAAGGUCAGCAUGGAGAAUUAUGAAUAUUUGAAAAGGCCACCGUGAUCAGUAUAAUCCAAAGGUGUGGAGAACGUAAUGUGGAACUCCCACAGUUUUGCCAUAGCCCUAGUUGUAUAAAUCUAUCACUGGUGAAAUGUUUGGACUCAUUAGUUGGGUCUGCUGUAGGUAUGUUGCUCUGACAAGACAUAAAUAUUUUUAUUUUCAGUCCAUAUCAUGAAAGCCAUACAAUGUAUGACAUCUUUCUCAGUAUCUGCUCAGAACCUCAAAAGCAACAUUUUUAAAGCUGUAAGUGAUCAGUAUAAUUUCCAAUAAAAAUAGAAAAUAUGUGGCCUUUUUUGAAUGAGCUCAUUUAACUACUUCAGUCUUUCAUAUUUACUGCAUUACAUCAGUGUGUAUAUAGAGUUAGAUCAGGUUUCAUAAUAGCUGAACAAAUAAUUUAAAAUCAGUCUCCUGUCUGGGAAUAUAUUUUUGUAAGUUACUAUUCUUACAUAACUUCAGAUUAAUAGGCUUUUUUUCUAAAGAAGGAAAAAAUGGAAUGAUAUCUGUGUAAUGAUUUCUAUAUUUUGCAAAAUACAUUGGCUAUGGUCCAAAGGACAUAUCUAGACAUAUCUCAAGGUUCUUCUAGUUAUUUUUGAACAAAUCCCUUAAACUGCUUUUGAAGUCUAUUGACUUCAAGCAACUUGGCAAUAAAGAACCACGAAAGUUAAUUGCUGUUCAGUAGCUAGUAUUUUAGCUAGUGUUGACAUUUAGAUGACCUACUUUGUGGCUGAGUGGAAGCCAACUAGUUUAUUCAACAAGGUGGCAACUUUCAUAUAUGUACCCCACAUCUGAUUGAUUGAUUGAUUAAAUUUAUACGAUCACUCAUUAAUUAAUAUACCAUACCAUUUAAGUCAUACCUCGGUUUAAGUACGCUUUGGUUUGAGUACUUUCAGUUUAAGUACUCCGCAGACCCGUCUGGAAUGGAUUAAUCCACUUUCCAUUACUUUCAAUGGGAAAGUUCGCUUCAGGUUAAAUGCGCUUCAGGUUAAGUACAGACUUCCGGAACCAAUUGUGUACUUAAACCGAGGUACCACUGUACAUGGCACUAAUAUUAAAAUUAGAGGGUGCGGGUGGUGCUGUGGUCUUAAACCACUGAGCCUCUUGGGCUUGCCGAUCAGAAAGUCGGCAGUUCAAAUCCCCGCGACAGGGUGAGCUCCUGUUGCUCAGUCCCAGCUCCUGCCAACCUAGCAGUUCAAAAGCAUGUCAAAGUGCAAGUAGAUAAAUAGGUACUGCUCUGGUGGGAAGGUAAACUGCAUUUCUGUGCGCUGCUCUGCUUCACCAGAAGCAGUUUAGUCAUGCUGGCCACAUGACCCGGAAGCUGUACACCAGCUCCCUUGGCCAGUAAAGCAAGAUGAGCGCCACAACCCCAGAGUCGUCCACGACUGGACCGAAUGGUCAGGGGUCCCUUUACCUUUACCUUUAAUAUUAAAAUUAGAUUUUAAAAGCCUGUCAAAAUACAUUGUUAUGUAGACUAUAUCUGUGAAAUGCAAUAAUUUUUUAAUUGUUCAGCAUCUACAGAGUUUAUGCCUAGCCAUAUUGGUAGAGCACUCAGCUUAUUUUGGUGAUGACAUAACUAACUAGUCCACUGCAAUAAAAUGCUAUUCAAGGUAUAAUGAACCAUUUGAAUUUGAUAAUUGUAAUACAGAAGUGUGAUCAAACACAUUAAACUGCUGGUCACAUUGGUCCAUGUCAUUACCUGCUUCCUCCUGACACUUUAUAACUUCUCAAAUUUAACAGUGAGAAUUUCUUUAUUUUUAUAUUUCAAUUCAGAGAGAGAGAAUACUAUAUUCACAAAUCCAACAUCUGUUCUGAUUUCUGUUCUGCAAGGGAGAAACUAGACUAGACAAAUCAACUGCAAUGAUGUUUUCCGAACAGCUGAAAAGGAAUCUAAUUUAUUGGCAAACUUGACAGUUAUGAUGCAAAUUGGACGAAGCCACUGGUUUAUGCCUAUUUCAGCACACAGCAGCUGUUGAAAAGUAAGUUUUCAGCCUCUGGAAAACUGAAACAAUCGAGCCAAACAGAUUGAAUCAAUUUAAUUGCGAUCUACAAAUCUCAAGAAAAUAGUAUUGCACUUAUAUAAAAAAAGAUGCUAUAGUUUUUCUAAGAAUUGGCUUACAAAGGUAUAUCUUCAUAGGAAAAAGAGACAGUAUGCAGUUUAAUUUCCUCUUAAAAUCAUAAUCCUAAUAUUGUUUCAUAGUACAAUGGUUUUUCAUAUUUUAUAUUGUACAGCAGGUGGAUAUGUUAGCAUGUGAGUGCUUUCAGAACAUGGCUGAAGAAAUAGUGAGAUUGCGUUCUAUCACAUAAUUUCAGCUUAUUUUUGAUGAAAGAGCCAUGAUACAACACUAUUUAGUUAAUUUAAAGACCAUUUGUUGUAGUGAAAUAUGUUUUUGCCUGGAAGGGGAAACAUACUGUUGUCAGCUGGUAUUGAUUAGUACAAACUACCAAUGCAUAACAUUUACUCCCCCUCCCCCCCCAAAAAAAUAGAAUUCUGACAGACUGAGCAGAUACAAUUAUGUACUGCAUUUUUCGCUCCGUAAGAUGCACCGGACCAUAAAACACACUUAGUUUUUAGAGGAGAAAACAAGAAAAAAAAAAUUCUGCUGGUCCCACCGCCUCUCCCAACGGCGGCUACCAAGCCUGCUGUUGCAAGCCAGAGGGACCAGCGGCCCAAAAGGGCUCCUUUCGGGCUGCUAAGACACACAGACAUUUUCCCUUCGUUUUUAGGAGGGAAAAAGUGCAUCUUAUGGAGCAAAAAAUACCUUGUGUCACACAUUUUUUUCUAAAGAAAACAGUUCUAAGGCCUGCCGUAUCUAAUCAUCACUCUAGUAAUGCAGAUUCCUGCAUCCCUUCAGCAAUUUGUUGCUGGAAAUAAAUCCCUCUUCCCCUUUGGGUCUUAAUCAUGGUUUAUUUGUAUAUUUCGUAUUUAUAUGAAAGACUUCAAUCAACCAGAAGGACACAAAGCUUUGAUGCAAUAGAACAAGGGAGAACAUAAAGCCAAUGGGUUGGAUGUGGAAGGUGGAGCCUCUUACUUGCCCUACAGUGCUGCCUCUCCUCCUUACCCCAUGCCCAUGCAGGAAUUAGGCUUUUUAAAAGCUUGCAUUCAAAUGGAACCUUAUUUUUAGCCUAAUUGUUGCGUGGGCAUGCUCUGGUGGCGAUGAUCACAGUUGGGAGGAUAAUAUUAAUUCUCUAGUUCCUACACACUGUGAAGCCCUCAGUGCUGUUAAUGGGAACUUUAAAAAAUAAUAAUAAAAGCCAAGCCAAAUUGCAAAGGGGGAGAGAGAGAGAGAGAGAGAAUGGAAUUGAUGGAAGGCAAGAGGGGCAGCUUUCACCUUGCCCAGUUUUAGCUCUAACUCUUCCCACCACUGCCAUGCAACCCUUGUGGUGUAGUAAAUGUUCAGGAGCUCAUCCUGACAGCCCCCAUAGCCAUGACUCCAGGGACAGGCUGUUAGGAUCAGCUGACAGUCAGAAUAGUGUGCUAGCAAAGGUAUUGGUUAACAUAUUAGAUGUUGGCUGGAUUUAUAUCCCUGAUUAGCCAUGAAGUUCAUUGGUUGAUCUUGGGCCAGUCACUGAGUCAGCCAGAUUUCCUAUACUUAAUGUAUCUAUUCAGAAUGUCAGAGGUUAUUUCGUCAGCUUCCUUCACUUUAACCAACUCUUUACUCGUGGGAAAGGUGACACAUGGCUAAUAUAUUCCUUUUGGGCCUUUUUCUCUCUUUCGAUUAAACAAACCAAAAGCAAACCCUUUUUAAUCAGAAUUUCAAGAAAAAUCAAUUGUUUCUUUCAAAUCUGUUUCACUUGUCUGCUUCUUCCCACAUCCCCACUAAUGCCACAUUUUCCUGUGUCAAGUGUUCAAGCUAUUACUUCUGAAAAUAAGUGGGGACUUAAGAAAUGGUGCCAGUUGUGAGCAUGGCAAAAUAAUGACUCUUCUUCUAAUCAUUUAUAAGUUGCUUAGUUUGCCUUAAGCAGGAUUAUAUUGGCAGUCCUAAAACGCAUAUCUAAAGUCAUUAAUUUAAUCUUAACAGUACAGCAUAAUAUUGAGGAAAAUAAUGAUUGAAAUUCUGCUCCCUGCUGACAUGUAAUAAAAGCUUCAGCAAGUUGGAUUCAACCCCAAAGCAUCUAGAAUUCCAGGUUUAUCUUUCAAGCAGGUUAGAGACUUAAUAGGGGGCCCUGGUUUCAAAAAGUCUCUGUCUCCCCCCCCCCCUAUUUUUUACACCAAGGCUGCUUUAUGGGCCAGUUGGCCCAAUUCUAGCCACACCAUCCACUGCUUGUUUUGACCAUUAGCUGGUCAAAUCCAAAUCUUACUGAAGCAGAGAGAUGAGGGGAAAUGUGCAGGUGGUAUUCUGCUCAAUCAUUUUGUGAAAAACAACCCCGCUGCAACUUUCCACUGUUCAGUGAAAGAAGCCUUAACUAUGAUUGACUUCUAGGGAAGCAGUGAUAUCCUUAGAAGCAAAAGGAAGUCUAGAGUGACACACUUGCUGUCUGAAUAAAGGAUUUCCUGGUUCAUUUUAAAAACAUGUUUUUUGUUUUCCAUGGAAGGAGGUAUAUAGGAUUUAAUAUUGUCAUGAUUGGACAUGACUAUAUCUUAUCUACAGACAAAACGUAGCAGCUAAGACUGGACGUUGCUGUUUCUAACUUGGGUUUUAUUUCAUGUAAAUGAUUUUUAAAUUGCCCUAUCAAUGCUAAUGGGAAUGAAGGCCAUUGCUCUUAUUCCAAAUUUGCCAGUUGGGUGGGAGAGGCAAGAGAGUGGCUUACAUUAGCCCUGCAAAAUAGUCUAGUGUUGUUAUAAGCCAUGUUACAAAGACAGAGGAUUCAAAGAGAGUAGUGUACAAGAACCAAGUGGUAGGGUCCCGUAUUGUUAUCCAUUCUCCUGGUGUUUUGUUUGCAUUUUUUUAGGAAUAUAAGGUUGGGGAGGAGAUAGUGAAGUUGAGCAUAACCACUGGUGUUGGGGGAAUGAGGUGCUAAGCAAGUGACACUGUUGCUUCUUUAAAAGCACUAAAAGAAUGAGAGAGAGGAAUCUGUACAACAAGUAUUAGAAAUACAAUUCUUGCUUUAUUUUCUGGUAAAGGUAAAGGGACCCCUGACCAUUAGGUCCAGUCGCGGAUGACUCUGGGGUUGUGGCGUUCUUCUCAUUUUACUGGCCGAGGGAGCUGGCGUACAUCUUCCAGAUCAUGUGGCCAGCAUGACUAAGCCGCUUCUGGCGAACCAGAGCAGCACACGGAAAAGCCGUUUACCUUCCUGCUAGAGUGGUACCUAUUUAUCUACUUGCACUUUGAUGUGCUUUCAAACUGCUAGGUUGGCAGGAGCAGGGACCGAACAAUGGGAGCUCACCCCGUUGUGGGGAUUCAAAUCGCCAACGUUCUGAUCGGCAAGCCCUAAGCUCUGUGGUUUAACCCACAGUGCCACCCACAUCCCUUUUAUUUUCUGGUACCCAAAGGUAAUUUUUUUGUAUAAUGCCAUACUGGUUUCCUUCUUCCCAUCACAGGAGCUUGUGUGAUUCAGCCACAGAUUGAUGCUGAAAUCCAUUUUGAGAACAUAAAAGUUGUUGAAAAGUAACUGUAAGUGAAAACCGUUGGUGUGUUUUAAGAUUCCUGUCUGCAGCUACAAUGAUGCACAGAUUACUUUUUGCCAGCAUCUGUGUGUCAAAAAUGCAGCAGGUUUAUGUUUGAAUUCCAGUAUCAUUGUAAUAAUACACUGCAACAUAAGAAGUGGGUAUAUUUAUGUCAGAGCGCUUCGCUUUCUAGCUACCAAAACAUACUUAAGAUAAUACACUGUGAACUUGCCUCAAGUUCAUUGUUCUGCAUUCUGCUUUCCCCCCUUCUGUAUGCCCAUAUCCAUAAAUUGAGGGCAAUGAAACAAGAAGGGAAAGUGGCUUGAACAGAAAUGGAGGGAAACCUGUGCUGAACUGGAUUGCACCUGGGUUAGAGCUUUCUGGUGAACCUAAUCUAUAGUUGUGGUGGUGAAGAAAGAGUUCUCCUUCACUAGCAUUGCCUCUUUUUAGUGUUGUGCAGCAGAGCUUUUUUUUUUUUAGGUGAGGCUUUCCAUAAUCCAUGUGUUUGAGCCCUUGGUGGCACAUUUUGGCAUAUUUGUAAGGUUGAAAUGCUUGCAUCCAUUAUGACUUAGACUCCACACUUUUAAUGCAGUUUCAUUAGAAGUAGCUAUUUUCCUCUUUGUCCUUAAUAUUUUCUUAAUGCUCUUUCUUUCUUUUUUCAUAACUAUGUUUGAUUUACACACACACACACACACACAUAUUUAUAUAGCAAAAUAUAUAUUUAUGCAUUUCUCUCUCUCUCUUGUAUACCCACCAUGCCCACGAUAAGUUUUCAGGGCAAAAGCAAGCCAGGUACAGGUGCAGGAACAUGGGGGAUUGACAGAAAGACAGGCAGACACAAUUAGGAAAGAAUUCAGGGCAGGAAGCAAGCCUCAAAAAGAAAAGGAAGAGGUGCUAAAAGCAGAAAUUGUUCAGGCAUCUUUAAGUUGGAGAGGAGGAAAUUCCAUUUUAAAAAGCAUACCAUCAAGAGCUUUCUUUAAAAUAAUAGUCCAGAAUUACCAUAUCUCUGUCAACAUUAAUCAUUUCCAACUAUAUUAAUGUUUUUGGAAUUCAGAUAUUCUUAUGUGAUAAUUUCCUUGCUGGGAUCAUAAAAAGCCUCCUGUACAGGAAAAAAAAUGUUAAUUUUGGUGAGAUAACUUCUGCCCUUUUCUUUCAAAGAUCAAGAUAUGCUUUAUUUUAAAAACAGAAUCAUCACCCUUUUAAAGGGGUUGAGUAUAUUGUACACUUGGGAGCAGAGAAUAGGGAUGAGUGAAUAUGUCAAUUUUGAUUUCUCUUAGUUUUUCAUUUUUUACAAAUGUUAAGUUCAGUUUUCACAUUUUCACAUCAGUUCACUUUUUUUAAGUUCUCAUGAAGAUUCAUCAGCAUUUUAGUGUAAAUUUCUCCUAAUCCAUACAUUUGCCAGAUAUACACAUUAUUUAGACAUACUUUUCCCUAAUACAAUGUAUUUUUGCAUUUUACUUCCCCUCAUAUAUACAUUUACAAGCACAUUUCCCAAAACAUAUGCAUUUCAUACACAUUAAUGGGCCGCAGAACUGCAUUGUAAAAUUCAGGGAAGUGCAAAUGUCAACGGAUGGCUGUGUUUUGUUUCACGUAUUGUUUCAGAAAGUGUUAAUUAAGUAAAUUUGCCUUUAAAUGCAGACUGAAUUUCAUUUCUCCUUCAUCUAUCAAGUUUGGUGCCUACAACCACUGUAUUCAGUAUAAUUCUCUAUUAGAGAAAUGGUUUGAAAUUUGUUUAUACAUGGUUCCUCACACUGGUGCAAAUGGCACAUACUCACUACUCAGGGAGUAAGUCACACUGGAGACACUGUGGAGCCGUAGGGACUUAUUGGUACCUAUAGUGGACCCGCCAAUUGGUCCAUAUGUUCUGGACUGCCAGUUUGUGACGGGUUUCCCCCAGGUCUUAAUUAAGAAGGCAUUAGCAUGUUUCAUCAUAUGAUAUGAUCUUGUAUACAUGGCCUAUCUGUUCUUUCCUACUUAAUUAAGAAAACUAAAUUGGAGCAUCCAAAACUGUUAAAAUUUGAAUCAGUGCUGUCAAUUGCAUUUGAUUUCCCCCACAAUCACUGUAGUUCUCUUUUGAAAACCACUGUUUGAUAUUCAGAAGGCAUUCCAUGAGCACCUUGCUCUGUCUAAUUAUACAGUAGUGCCUCGCAAGACGAAAUUAAUUCGUUCUGUGAGUCGUUUUGUAUUGCGAAAAUUUCAGCUUGCGGUUUUCCAAUGUAAGCAAAGAAAAAAAGAAAAAAAUGCAAAAAAAAUUCGUCUUGCGAAGCACGGCCAUAGAAAACUUCGUCUUGCGAGUUUUUCGUUGCACGGUGCAUUCGUCUUGCAAGGUAACCACUGUAUAAAAGGAGUCUGAGCCUUUCUGUUUUUACUCCUGUGCAGUCACUUGCAUUGUCUUUAGCUUGCUAGUGAAUUGGGCCAUCUUGUUUUGGUAUAUGAAUGGCAUUUUCAUUAUAUUGAAGUGUUGUGUUCUGCAGAGCUCACUAGCAAAAUGGAAGUCUUUAAAUUCAGUUGUCCAAUAAUUGCAUACUCUAUGUACUAUCUUGCAGAAAUUCAUCCUGCAUAUUAUAAUGACAGUGGUGGUGUUCCAUUCAUCUGCCCAGCAGUUCUUUAAUCUGAUCCUUUAAUUUAGACAUUUAGCAAAAGUGCCAGGAAACAAAUGUUUCCUAUAUCUUGAUCAAUAUUGAUAGAUAAGGACUGUGUAGUAUUCUAGGCAUCAUUUUACCUUUUACCUUUUUCUUCUUCUAAGCUUGACAGUGAAAAUGUCAGACAGAUGCACCCUGAAAGAUAACAUCUUUCUCCAAAAGGUGAAAGUUGGUCUCACUAUAAAAUAAUGCAAACCGAAAAGUAAAUGUUAUUUAUUCUCAAACUGAGCCUUUCUGAGAAUGAUGACUAUGAUCUAUUGAGAUUUUAUCCUAUUGUUUUUUUUAAAAUAUAUUUUUAUUAAUUUUCCAAUUAAAACCAAUUAUAUCACAUUCAUUAUUUCAAAUUAUACACAUAUAUAUCAAUCAAACCGAAUGUUAUGCCAAAUCAUCUAGAAAAUUUUUUUGGGUUCCCAUGCUUCAAGAAAUUGGGGAUUCCUCGCAACCGUCCACUGCCGUCUUUUUUCUAAAGUUCAAAUCGUCUCUCCAAGUUCAUAAUAAUCCAGAUCUUUCCCUUACAGUCACAUAGAUGUUUUCCACUUUCAACCGAUUGUUUGAUAUUUAUCUCAGCAGCUGGGAAACAAAGUUUCACAGAUGUUCUUUCUCCUGUGUGGGUUAAUCAGUCCGGCCUCCCCAUAAAUCUUCUUAGUCUGGAGCUCCCUGUUGUGUCGUCAACACGAAGCAGCGCCAUCUUAAAAAGCUCAAAUCACUUUCGUUUUCUCUCAUAGCCAUGUAGAUUAACGAUCUUUGUAAAAUUUACAGCUUUUCCAGGCAGAAGACCCAAACAUCAAACCAUAAACUCUUGGUAAAUUAAUGGAUCUCCUUGCCCUAUAGCUGAACUUAGCUUCAGGUCGCUGCUCCAAUUCAAAGUGCGUCACAGCUCAUAAAUCCUCCGAACGCGUCCAGGCACUCCUUCCGUCCAACUAGGGGGGGGCUUUUCUCAUCGGCAACUCCACAUCUUUAAAAAAUAUGCUCAGUAACAACAGUUUAUAAAGUUCAACUCACACAGUCUUUUGCUUCUCUUUCACUCCAAACAAGCCAGGACAUCGCGUCUGGGAAGGUACGAAGUAACUCAUAUGAAGAAAAAUAAAAAAAAACUCACUUCCCUUAUCGCUCCGUCCCCAUCAAUCCUUCUUCCAGAUGAAAUACAGCCUUUGACUCCUCUCCCUCAGCAGCAUAAAUUUCUCAGCAGUAAACAGCGCUUCUUCCCCUCCUUCUGAAGUAUGUCCAUAGAUUUAAGCCUAAUUAUCUUCUUUAACCAUGGAAAUCCCCGCCAUGCAGAUUAGCGUCCGGGAGUCCUGGCCCUCGUAAGUGCUUUUCAGCCCAAGCCCCCCCCCCACUCCAUAAACAGUCGGAGUGGGUCUGGGGGCAUCGCGGGCCAGCGGCCCCUCUCCGUAACCCCCGGAGAGGGUAGGGGGUUGCCAUUUACUCCCCUAGUAACCGCCAAAUUCCUCACGAAGGUCAGAGGGAUGGAAAACAGGUCCGCCAUUCCUGCCGGCGGAAACCGGAACCUGAGAUUUUAUCCUAUUGAAGUGAAUAAGAGAUGCACAACAUUGAAUUGGAGCUGCAUGGCCCUGAAAUCAUGAUUAUAUUUAUGCAAGAGAAGUCCAUAAUGAAUAUUGUUCUUUUGUGUACUCCAUAGCUGGAUUGCAAAAGCAGCAUCAGCAUCUUCUAAGUGCCUGUAAGUGGGAAAAUAUAGUAAGCCCACAAUGGAAAGUCCUGGGUCAGCAAUUGGGGAGCUAAACUGGAUGCCAGAUUCCAAAUCCCUGGACCCAGCUUUCUGUGUUCAGGAGAUCACCUGGGAGCUGGGCCAUUAAAAGAACAAAAGAAAGAUAAUGGACCCUUAAGAAAGCCAAAGACAGAGGUUUUGUGCCAGAUGACAAUUGGUUGUGGCUCCUCCUCCCGCUUUGAGAUAGCCAGAGUUUAGAGUUGAUGGUAGGCUGUGAUGUGAGCUAGAGGGAAACAGGUUGCAAGCUGGCAAAGGCAGCAAGCCGAAAAGUCAGAGAGGUGGAACACAAUGUUGGAUGUCUGUUUGAAUCCAGGGUCUUUGGGGAUAUUGAUGCAGUGAACCUGUCCAUCAUAGGCUCAGGUUGUAUAUGUGUGUAAAUAGGCCAUAUUUCCUAAAGACAGGCCAGUCUUUGCUGUGCCUCAUUUUCAGAAUGAAACAUGAACCCUGGCUGAGUGCCUGGAACCCCUGGAAUUUCACACCGCUAUGAGAUGGGGGUGGCGUGUAACAAUAUAGUGACUUGUGUACAUAUGUAUGAUGUAUCUGGAAAUUAAAUACACUUAGGUUUGAAGAUUAUUUUAGUUGUGAAUUAUUAUGUUGAGGUUUGUAUUAAUUAUGCAUAUAUUUCUAGAAGUGGUAAUGGAAUAUGCAUUUGGUAUAUUUACCUUUAUUAUACUAAAGUAAUUUUCAAAACGUGUACUGUGAUGCUUAGUGGUAAUUAUGGACAUUGAAGUCGGCAAAUUAUAAGUAAUUAGAGCAGGUUUCCAUAGUAAUUCCUGUGUUCCGAGUCCUUUGGUUAUUUGGCCAUAUUUUUGGGAAAGACAAUCAAAUGAGGCAAUCUUUGGGACGCAUAAAGAAUGAAAUUAUAUAUAUUUACACUUGUUUAAUCCUAAAUCAGAAUAUGGUUUUCUAGAACUUCCAGCAUUAUAGCUUAGUUUAUUAUGCUACUGUAGAAAACAAGCAACAGAAAGAGAGUUGAAAUCAGUAAAACAUUACAGAAUUUAAAAUAAAGCAGAUAGACUGAGGCCUUGGUUGUCAUUUUUAGGUCACUGCUGACAUCUCUGAAUAUAAUUUUCAUAUGAACUGCAUUUCAGGCCUUGUAUGUGCUUGAAGAAGCGACAUUUUCACAGCGGGGGACCAAAUCAAAAUGAAGCAGUCAGAUGCAGGUGCACAGUAAUGGAAGUGGGCUAUUUACCCUCAAGCAGGAUUGCUGGGCUGGGAAAGCAGAAACUCUCCCAGCAGAAUGGCCCUGCUAUUUCUCUCUGAUAUAUAUCUCAGUGCCAAACAGUAUUCAUAGGGGGCCUAAAUAAUUGUUCUUUCACUUGUAUUUAAUGAGAUGCAUUGCCCAAUGCUGAAUAACUGAGGCACUUCCUUUUGUUAUGCUAACUAGAUGCUAUUCAAGCCCUGCUUUCUUUGACUUGUUUAAUCCUUCCUGCUUCUCCAGCCUCAAGCCAGGCAGGGAAACAGUUGAAAAAAUGGAGGCUUGCACUGUGUAUACAUCUGCUGCCUAGCUCAGUCCUAUUUUGUUAAUAAAAAAAAAGUAAGAGGGGAAGAAUAUAGGAUUUGUAUAUGCAGCAU